AUGAAAGCAGCCAAUUUAAUAGAAAAAUAUGAGGAAAUAAUUUGCGAUAUAAAUAUCGACGGUUUACCAAUCUUUAUCAGUUCAAAUGCACAACUUUGGCCAGUAUUAAUUAAAGUUAUAAAUAUAAAAAAUAUAAAAGUGUUUGCUGCUGGUGUAUAUUGUGGUAAACCAAAGCCGUAUGAUGUAAAUGAGUUUUUAGAAAAAUUCGUAGAAGAAGUAUCUGAUUUGCAACAAAAUCCUUUGGAAAUCGGUAUUAAGAAAAUAAUAUUUAAAAUACGUGCCGUAAUAUGUGAUGCACCUGCAAAAUCAUUAGUUUGUGGAAUAGCUCAUCAUUCAUCAACCAAUGGAUGCUCAAAGUGCACACAAGUUGCAAAAAAAAUUAGCAAUGUUUUAUCCUAUAGCACAGAAAGUUCUGUAGUUAUAAAUGAUGAGAACUUUUCUAAAAGAAAAUAUAAAAAUCAUCACCAAUUGAAGUUUAUGAAUACUAAAACACCUUUGGAGAAAAUUAAUUUAAAUAUGAUUAGCCAAGUUCCUUUGGAUCCCAUGCAUGUCAUUGAUUUGGGUGUUACUAGAAAAAUGCUUAAAAAACUUAUGCAAAAUAAAGUGUCUGAAAGAAGUUCCAGUUUAGAAAAAUUAAAUAUAUCAAAAUUGCUAGUUUCCCUAAAAAAAAGCAUUACAAAUGAUUUACAAGACUGCCUCGGGGUUUAG